AUGUUUGGGGAGCACUUCUUUAGUGAUUUCAAUGGCUAUGGUUUUCAAGAAGUGAUGGAGAACCAGCUUCUAUCGUUCAACCGCGAAUUCUCCAAGGGAUCUACCCGCGAAAAGGUCCAUCGCCAGCAGGAUUAUGAUCAAUUGUUGAAGAAUUUGCCUGGCCUCUCAACUAUCAAGGCUUCUGGUUCAAUAUCGACGACCCAGACACGGCCGGGCAGUAUUCACCACUCUGAACAUCUUGGACGAGAUUGGAUUGCUUCGCCCCGACACACUGGUGAAAAUUAUUGCGCUCGUGUUGGGCGUUCUGUACGACAAUACUCAGAUGAAGAGGGCGAGUUGGAAUGGCGAGAAGCCAUGGUUAAAGAAGUCUUGCAACCUGGCAUUGAGUUCAAAGGGGCGCCUUAUGGCAUCGAGAGAUUGUUCGAGACAGAUGGACAGGAUAGGUCACAGCUGGACAAACCAGAUUACGCGUGGAAAAAGUGGAAAAAGUUUGAUUGGCCCACAGAGGUCUUUUUUCAAGAGAUUCCAGAAAGGGCCGACAAUAGGUGGCUGACAAUUCGCCCUGGAGUCAAAAUCCGACCUGGCAAGGAUGCGCAAAACUUGGGGUUCGAUAUGGGGUGUCUGAACCUUCGCCGAAGGCCAGUUGGGAUAGUGUUGGGAUAG